AUGAUGCAAGUUGGCACAAAUCAAUCGACUACUUAUCAUAGUCAACCAACAUUAACUACAUCAGGUGGACAAACAGGCCGUGCAUCAUCAACAUCUCGUCAACAACAACAACAACAACAACAACAACAACAACAACAACAAUAUUCUCAAUAUGAUAAUGAACAAAUAGCAAAUAUUCGUCCACGUUUAUGUGUUUUACGUAAAUGGCCUCAUUAUGAUGGUUAUGGUGUUCAUUUAGCUCGUAAUCAACAUUGGCUUGGUUUACGUAUUGGUGAUGUUGAACCAAAUAGUCCAGCUGAAAGUGGUGGUCUUUUACGUGAAGAUGUUGUUCUUGCUGUAAAUGGUCAUUCAGUUGAAAAUGAUGAUUUUUUUGUUAUACUUUCAUUUAUUCAACGUGAACUUGAAGAUGAUCAAAUUCGAUUUUUAGUUGUUGAUCCUCAUAGUGCAGAUUUAGCUCGACAUCAUCAUUUAAAUAUUGAUGAAAAUUAUCGAACAUGUGUUCGAAUGGAAACACCAACAUUAACUGUAAGUCCAGAAAAACUUUUAUAUGAUCAAUUACGUACAACAAGUUCUAAUAAUGAUCCAACAGUGGCACAAAAUACAAUACAUCUUGGACCAACAUUAUCAUUAAAUCAAAAUCAAAUGAAUUUGUCUAAUCAACGAUAUCAAGAUAAACCACCACGUGAAGGACCUGAGGUUUAUACAUUUUUACCAUAUUCAGAUCAUGCGGUUGAAAACGGCAAAUCCUUUUUUGAUAUUCUCUUCGAACAAGAAAAUAAUUUAUCUUCAAGAACACAACAACAUUUACAAGAAGAUAUUCGUCCUAAAGAUUAUACCGGUGAUAAUAAAAAUAAAAGCCAAAUUAGUAGUAUCACAGAUGGUGUUAAAGGUUUCGUUAAGUCAGGCAUUGGAGGUCUUAAAAAUCUUUUACCAACAAGACAUCGUGAUGAUGAACAUCAUGAAUAUGAACAUGAUAUUACUGAAUCUAAACGUAGAAGUAGCAGUGAAUCAAGUGAUAGUGGUUCUCGUGGUGAUGAAUCUCCAUCAUUUGUUGAUAAACUUAAAAAUACAUUUAAAAUAUCAAGUACUCCUUCAAAUUCUUCUGCUGUUCAAGAAAAACCACCACAGCCAUAUGGACGUAUAUGGCAAGCUUCAUCUAAGUCAGAGGACACAAAUAAUAAUUUAAGAGCUGAACCACGUAUGUGUUCAAUGACACUUCGACCAGGUAUAGAUACAAUUGGAAUAUCAUUAAAAUCAGAUAAAGAGUUUGGUCAUAUUAUUAAACAAGUUGAACCAGAUUCAUUAGCUGAUCGUUCUGGUAUUGAACGAGAUGAUUGUAUUAUAUCACUUAAUGAUGUAACACUUCUUAAUAUUCCAUAUGAUGAUGUUUUAAAUAUACUUAAACAAAGUCGUAAUCAAACAAAUCUUGAUUUUCUUGUUGCAAAAAAAACUUAUUUACUUAAAUCACGUCAAAGUAAUACACAAUUAAGUAAUACUCAACAAGAUAUAUCAGAUAAAUAUAAUGAUACAACUGGUCAAGUUAUGCCAUCAUCAAAUAUAUCUGAACGAAAUAUUCCAUCAAAUACAGGAGCAGCACAAGCAUUAGAACAACUUUAUAAUAAAUAUAAUGAACGACAAUCAUCAUUCGAUGAGCAAACAACUUCUAAUCGACCAAGAGAAACAGUUUCAACAACAACAAAUGGACGAUAUAGUCGAACUUCACCAACAUUAGAUGAUGAUCGAUAUUUACCAAAACAACAACAACAACAACAACAACAACAAGGGCAAAUUUUACAAGGUGUUGGUCCAGCUACAGCUGAUCGAUCAUCAUGGGGUGUAUCAAGUGGAAAAUCAACUGAUUUACCAGGACCAGUUAGUGGUGAUUCAUCAAUUCGUUCAAAUAUACGUGGUCAACGAACAGAUAUAGAUGAUACAAAAGGACGUGGUAGUUCAUUUGAAGAUUCUUUUAAACCUUUACAAGUUGGUAUUACUAAUAAAACACCAGCACAACAAACAGGCAGUAUUUCACCAACUAAUCUUCCUCCUGAUGAAUAUCGUACAUCACGACCAACAUCAUCAAUUGAACAACGAGAUAGUUCACCUAAACGUUUACCAAGUCCAGAUAGGAUAGCAACAAGUACACAUGAUGAUAUAACUUCAUCAUCACGACAAAAUCAAACUGUACAAAAUCUUACAAGUGCUGUACCUAUUGCACCUACUGGAACAUCAUCUACAAUACCUGAUUAUGAACAAAGAAGUUCUCAAACAACACCAUCAACUCAAUCUGAUCUUCGUUUAGGCACUACGAAAGCAAUGAGUACUCCGAGUAAACCUAUCAAGAGCAAUACACAUAUGACUAUGUACGAUGAUACGGAUGAUGAAUUAUCUGAUAUAUCAGAAAGAUCUCGUGAAGAAGAUAGUUCCGAACCUGUUACGAACAAAAAUCUACAAUCUAAGAUUAUUGGAUCUACACAUAACAAAGUAGAUGCACAGUAUUCUGACUCAUUAAAAACAUCUACUACAUCAGAAUUUGCAUCUGGUAAUGAAGAUAUAGAAUCAAAUAUUCGUACAGGAGGUCUUAAUAAUAAACCAUCAUUAGCAUCAACUAUAUCGGAUGCUGAUGAUCGAUCAAAUGCACCAUUUUUCGUGACUGGAAGACCAGUUAUACAAGCUCGUCGUUUAGAACAUUCUGAUAGUGAAGAUACAACAUCAGGUGCUGAUUCUCAUACUCCAAGACGAUCUAUUGGAGAGACAUUUUAUUCACCUGAGGAAUCUAUUGGUGAUGAAAAUGAAAUUGGUGAUCAACAACAAAAAUCAUGGCAUCCAUCUGUACAACAUGAAAUUGAUCAAGUUAAAUCUUCAACUAAUAAACAAGAUCAAACAAUAUCUAACUUUCCAAAUCAACAACAAAAACAAUAUGAUACUGAAGAGGAUGAUGAUGAAAGAGAUUCCAAUGAAUCGACUUCAUCUGAAAGUGAAAGACUAUCUGUACAAUCAGAUAAAAUGGCGUUGGCUACAAUGCCUUUAUCAGAAUUAAAAGAACAUGGUUAUGAAUUUCAUAAUAUACAAUUAAUGCAACCAACUGAAACAAGUCCUGUUGGUCUUAAAUUAACUAAACAACAAGAUCCAUUACAAUAUAUUAUAACAGCUGUUGCUAAAGGAACAAAAGCUGAUUUAGCUGGUCUUAAAAUUAAUGAUUGGCUUAUUAAAAUAGAAGAUAAUGAUAUACGUGUAGUUGAAUUUUCUGAAGUUUCACAAGAUAUUCGACAAUUAUUAACUAACGCUGGUUUAAUUAAUAUGGUUAUAGCAAGAAAAAAAACAUCAUCACCAUUAACAACUCAACAAAUUGAUAAAGAUCAAACAACAAUAUCAUCAAGAUCAGAAUCAUUUAAUCGUCAGCAAGGAGGUCAAAUUCCAACAUCUUUAUUAACAACUGAUAUAACACGUGAUACACCAGAUAAUAGUCAAGUUCGUUUUGUACCUGAUCGUUCUACAAGUCCAUCAACAGUACGUUCUCAACGUACACCGGUUUCUACACGUGAAGCAAAUGUUAAUGCACCUGGUGGUCCAUUAUCAGUUGGUUUAACAAAUCCAAUAUCUGAUGAAAAUUUAACAAGAUCACCACGUUCACAAAGUAGUUCACCAAGUCGUUCACCAACACGUGAAGCUACAUAUCGUCAACCAGAAAGAAAACCAUUUUCUAAUCAACCAUCGGAAGACUAUGAUGGAAAUGAUAUUCGUCAUAUUGUAUUAAAAGAAGCAUUAGGAUUAGAUUUUAAUUCAUUUAUACCAGAAGGUGAUAGUCAAAUUCAAACACAUUUUAUAAGUAAUGUACAACAAUCAUCAAUGGCUGAUAAAGCUGGUUUACGUGAUGGUGAUCGUAUAUUAACAGUUAAUGGUGUUGAUGUAACAAAUUCUAUACAUGAAGAUGUUCGUCGUAUGAUGCAAACAAAAAAACCUUUACAAUUAACAGUUGUAAAUGAUCCUAGAUAUUUAGAAUUAAUUGAAAAUGUUAAACUUAAUCAAAAUAAAACAGAAGCUGCACAAGAUAAAAAAGCUUCACCACCACCCGAUUAUGAAUCCGUUGGACAAAAAUCAGAUUUAACUAAUCGUUCUCGUUCACCAAUGAAACAUAUUCCAAGUGAAUCAAGUGAUGAAACAAGAUUUUCUCAUUCAAAAUCUGAAUCACCAAAAUUAAUUAAUGAUGAUUUAUCACAAAAUUUUCAUACUUUAUUUACUGAUGAUAAAGGUUCUGUUAAAGUAAAACAUUGUAUUUUAAAAAAAGAUCCAACUUAUAAUGGUUAUGGUCUUGUAUUACGUUAUCAAAAUGGACUUCAUUUAAUUGAUCAAGUUGAAGAAGAUUCACCAGCAUUUAAGGCUGGUUUACGUGAAGAUGAUAUUAUUUUAUUUGUUGAUAAAAAAAAUGUUGAAUUAUUAACACAUGAUGAUGUUAAAAUACUUAUAAGAAAAUUAUCAUUAUCAAAUACAAAUAUUGAUUUAAUAUUAAUGAAAAAAAAUGACGUAUCACGAUAUAAAAUUUAUCAAGAAAAAAAAUCUAUCGAUUGGAAACCAAUAUUAGAUGAUCAAACGAAUAAUGAAACAAUACAAAGUGAUCAAUCAAUAUCAAAUGUUAGUCGUUCAUAUGAUCAAACAAAUGAUUCACGUAAAUCUUCUUCAUCAUCUGGUAAACAAGCUGCACCUGCACCACCAAUAUCAUCUACAAGUCAAUCGACAACAUCACCUAGUACUCGUGUUUGUAUUUUACAACCAUCUGCUGAUCGUACAGCUGGUUUUGCACUUAGUGGUAAAACUUCUCCACCAUAUGUUAUUUGUCAAGUUGAAAAAAAUUCUCCAGCUGAUAAAGCUGGUUUACAUAUUAAUGAUGCGCUUAUAUCAAUUAAUGGAAAAUUAGUAACUGAAACAAGUUAUGAAGAUACAGUUAAAUUAAUUAAAGAAGCACUUCAAAAAAGAUCUGUUGAACUUGUUGUUCGAGAUCCAUCAUCUCAAUUAGAUGAUAAUAUAAAAAAUCAAGAUCGAACAAAAUUUUCCAUGGGUAGUAGUGAUAGUGGUAAUGUAGGAAAUCAAGGUAGUAUUGGAGGAGAACCAAGUCAACAAGGUGCCAAUGCUGUUGAAGAAUAUCAAAAUCGAGGCAUCUCCUCCUCCUCUGUCGACGGCAGCAGCAGCACUACUACGAAGAAUUUAGAUUCGGGGCAACAGCGAAAUAAAGAAUUAUCAUAUACAUUACGUCUUUGUCAUUUACAUCCAACUAAUUCUGAUGGUACACAUGCAGCAACAUUUGGUUUUGAAUUAAGUGAAGAUCCUGAUUAUGAAUAUCCAAUUAUAUUACGUGUUGAACAACAAUCACCCGCUGAAGGUGCUGGUUUACAAUCACGUGAUGUAUUAUUAAAAAUUAAUGAACGUAAAACCAAAAAUUUAGGUUAUGAUAAAGUUAAAAAAGAAAUUGAAAAAGCUAGACGUGAUGGACGAUUAGAAAUGCUUGUUGCUGAUCAAGAAACAUUUGAUUAUUGUCAACGAACAAAAAAACCAUUAAAAGAACCCGAAAUGAAAGUAAAACAUAUUUUUCCAAAAAGUAGGUCAUCAGCAAGUUUUCAUAAAUUACCUGUUGCUGCCACAGGAGCAGCAACAACUUCAAUAUCAUCAAAAGAUAGUCCAGAACAGUUACAUAAUAGUAAUAGAAAAUCUACUGAUAGUAUUUCAUCUGCUCAUAAUAUGACAGUUGGUUAUCAUCUUCCGACACCAAAAGAAACGGAUUCUGAGAAUGAAGAAAAUGCUAAACAAGAUUUACCUGAACAAAAAUCAUCACCUCCUAUUACAUCACAAGCCAAAACAACACGCCAUUCACAACCAGCAGUUAGUUUUGAUUUAUCUACACCGCCUAGUACACUUGCUCAUGCUUCUGCCCGUUCUCACGAAACACCAUUAAAAUUUUUUGAUCCUGCACAUACGAAAUCUGAACAAAAGGAUACUUCUUCAAGUGUUUCUCAAAAUGUACCUAGUACAUCACAUUCGACAACAUCCACUAAAGAAUCAAAACCAUCAAAAGCAAAAGCUAUACCAAAUGCAAUUAAUAAUUUAUUUCACAAAAUUGGACAUUCAAAAUCAUCAAAACUUGACUUUGAUGCUCCUCCAAAAACAAAAGUUAGUUCAAAAACACGUGCACCUUCUCCACCAACUGUUCAUGUUGGACAUAAUCGAUUAGAAGUACCACGUGUUUCACAAUCACUUGAUACGAUUGCUAAUACUACAUCAACUGUACCUAUUUCAACUGUACAUGAUACAGUUCGUUCAACAGUAUCAACUGGAUCAUUUGACUUUCUUCGAGGUCCUCGCCGAUGUGUACUCAAAGUUGAUCGUAAUAAGGGUCUUGGCUUUGUUCUUAGUGCCACCGGUGAUUAUGAUCAUACAAUUACAGCUGUUGAAAAAUACUCAGCAGCUGAUAUCGCUGGUUUACAAAUUAAUGAUGAGGUAUUGGAAGUUGAUGGUGUCAAUGUAAGAAAUGUUAGAUAUGAGCAAGUAGUUGACAUGCUUGUCUCUGCAAUGCGGACAAAUGAUACAAUUGAAAUGCGUGUUGUAGAUGGUUCUUCUCGUGAUGUUUAUCCAUCAACAACAAAUGCUGAUAAACAAACAAAUACAAAUGGUUUAUUAAAUAGCAAUAACAAUAAUAAUAAUGCAGUAACAUCAACAGCAAUUCAUUCAUCACAUCCAAUAGGUGUUUCGGGUGAUGAUUUAUCUGAUAUAAAUAGUUCAAUAAGUCCAUUUGAUAGUCUUAAUCAACAAAAAAUUGCUACAAGUUAUCCUAAUCUACCUGGACAAUUAAAACAUCUUGAAAAUGUUACUAAUCGUGCUUUCGGUGGAAGUGUACCUGCAUUGGCUACAGGAAUUACAGCUUCUCCAACUAGUAUGCAUCUAACAAAACAUAUUUCAGCUUCAUACGAAAAAGGUUCAAUAAAUAAAUUAUCAGAUAUUUCAACACAAGAUGCACCAGUUGCACGUCUUUGUCGUAUUCGAAAAUUUCCAACAUCACCAUUUUAUGGGUUUUUCUUAUGUGGUGAUCCAAAAAAACUUGGUCGAGUAUUCAUUUCCGAUGUAACAAAACAUUCACCAGCAGCUGUUUGUGGUUUACGUGAUGGUGAUCGUAUUAUUGAAAUAAAUGGUUCAAAUAUUGAUGGAUUAAUAUAUGAAACUAUCUUAGAUAAAAUAAAACAUCAUAUGGGACGUGAUGAUCUUGAAUUACUUGUACUUGAUAAAAAAUCUGUUCAAUGGUAUCGUGAAAGAAAUUAUCCAAUAACAUCACGAACAUUACCAACUAUUGUUCAUAUUGAACCAAUUAUUAAUGAGACAAAUUCAGAAAUACAAUCUUCAGAAGUACCAACUACACAUACGAAAUUAGUUGGAUUUGCAGAUCGACGAGUAUCAAAAACGGGUCUUUAA